AUGUAUGAUACGCUUAACAACGAAGCUGGUGAUGUUCAAACAACUUUCGCCGUUGAUCCAUCGGCUUCAAACAAAGUUAAACUAAAAGAAGCGGGAACAAGUAACGAAGCCCUCAAAUCUAUCCCGAUCAAUGAAGAACCAGCUGCUGAAACCGAUACUGUUAUAAUUGUUGGAACAUCUGAUCAACCCGAGGGUCGUGACUUCUUGUCGUGGGCAGGAACCAAAGUCGACCUUCAAUCAUCAAUUCCUGAAUCUCAACCUCUCACUCCUUGGGACCCGAUAAUGAUAGAAGCUACUUCCACUCCCCAAGGGGCAGUUGCAGGGUGGGCAGAUAGACUGCUCGGUCAUCCUUUCCUCUCCAGAUGGCAGUUGGUGAUUGGAGGGGAAGUCAUUCGAAUACAGGAGACAGAUGUCCUCUCAGAAAUUGAGAUGAAUUUGGUGAUUACAGACUAUUAUUUCUGGAAAGAAGCUUUGACAUUAAGUUCAUUACAUCAUUCAAAUGUUGUAUCUUUUUAUGGUGUAGUCUGUGAUGAUCCUGAUAGGAGUUUAGCAAUUGUCACAGAAUUCAUGGUCAAUGUAUCUCUAAAGCAAUUUUUGCAGAAAAAAUAUAGAACGAUUGAUCGUCGCAAAAGGCUAAUAAUUGCAAUGGAUGUUGCAUUUGGGAUGGAGUACCUGCACGGAAAGAAUAUUGUCCAUUUUGAUCUUAAGUGUGAGAAUUUGUUAGUAAAUAUGAGAGAUCCUCAACAGCCUAUUUGCAAGGGAUUGGAGAUUGAUUACGUCAGAGAUGAUGAUGGAUGGAUCGAAUCAGACAGUUGA